AUGUAUUGUAUUAUUUUAUUUUCUUCAUUUUUAAUUGUCUCAAAGUCUGUUGAACUUGGAGGUGUUUUAUGUAGUCAACCAAAAAAUUAUGGUUAUGAAUGUGGUAAAUUUAAACCACAUAUAGCUUAUUAUUUUGAUAUAAAUAUAUUAAAAUGUGUAAAAUUUCAAUUUAAAGGUUGUGGUGGUAAUCAAAAUCGAUUUGGAACAUAUAAUGAAUGUAAUAAUGGUUGUGGAAGUUUAUCAACAUGUCGUAAAGGUUUACCAUAUAUGGAUUUUGGUGGUAAUAUUAAACAUUGUAAUAAUGGUAAAAUAAAAUGUCCUUAUGGUUAUGAAUGUGUUGGUAUUGGUAGUCAAUCUGUAUGUUGUAAAGAAAAAGAAACAAUAUGUGCUAUGAAUGUUGAACCUGGUAAAGGAUGUAAUAUACUUCCAGAAACAAGAUAUUUUUUUGAUAGUUCAGCAAAUGUCUGUAGAUCAUUUAUAUAUUUAGGAUGUGGUGGUAAUGAUAAUAAUUUUCAUUCAAAAGGUGAUUGUAUGAAGUAUUGUCAAAAAGAGAUAAGUUGUUUAAAAGGUGAACCAUAUCCUGAUAGAUUUUCACCUUCAAGAAGUUUACAUUGUAAAACAAAUAAAGAUUGCCCAACAAAUUAUGAAUGUUAUGGAAAAAAUAAUGAAAAUAAAGCAUGUUGUAGGACAUUAGAAAGUGUCUGUACAACAAAAUAUAUAAGUGAUGUAGCAUGUGUAGCAAAACAUGAUAUUAAAAAAAUAUGGACAUUUGAUUAUAAAAUGGGUUAUUGUAUUGAAAAAAAUGAAAUAUCAUGUUUAGAUCAAAUAAAUUCAUUUGCUAAUCUUGAACAAUGUACUGAUUAUUGUAUUGGUACAUGUCCAAAUGGAAUGCAAAUACAUAUAAAUUGGAUAACAAAUCAACCACAAUUAUGUAAUUAUGAAAAACAAUUAGGAUGUCCUAUUGGAUAUGAAUGUAUUAAAACAAGUAACAUUACUGCAAUUUGUUGUAAAACACCACCAACAUGUAUGUUAGAAGGAAGUUUAUCAUAUUCAUUACCAACAACUAAUGAACCAAUACGUUGUAAUCCAAAAUCACAACAAUCAUGUCCAUUUAAUUAUCAAUGUCAGGAGGCAAAAAAUAAAGAAUAUAUAUGUUGUACACCUAAAAUUGAAUGUCCAUAUGGUAUGGAAAUAUUAAAAUAUUCAAAAAAUGAAAUAAAAAUAUGUACACCAGAUAUUCCAGGAACAUGUCCUAAUAAUGAUAAUUAUUUAUGUAUAAAAGGACAAAAUACAAAUGUUAAUGUUUGUUGUAAAGUUAAAAAAACAUGUAUAAGUCCAUAUGUUAAUAUUCAAACAAAAAAACCAAAAAAAUGUUUUCCUGGAGAAAGUAUUUGUCCUGAGGGAACACAUUGUUUACAAAAUAAAGAUUUAAGUUUAAUAGAAUCUAAUAAAAAUAAUACUAUAAAUAUUUCAUCAAAAAUAUUUCAUUGUUGUUAUGAUAUGAAUAUAUAUAGUUGUCCUAAUAAUGAUGAACCAAUACUUAAUACAACAACAGGUCUUCCAUAUGAAUGUAAUCCAUCAAUAGGUAAAUCAUGUCCAUAUCAAUAUGAAUGUAAAGAAUUACUAGAUAGUUCAUAUGCUUGUUGUCCAUUACCAAAAAAUGAAUUAUGUAAAGAAGCAGUUUUAAAUCCUUCAACAGGGAAUCCUGUUAGUUGUAAAGGACCAGAUGAUAAAUUAAGUUGUUUAAUGACAUCUUCAACUUGUAAAUUAACUAGUAAUAAUGGUUAUUAUUGUUGUAAAAAAUAA